AUAAGAACUGCAAAAAAAAUAAUUUAAUGGUUUAAUUAAAAAAAAUCAUUAAAACACGAUGAUAGAUAAAGGAUAUUUCAUGAAAUUGCUAACAUGGCUGUUUUUAUUUACUAAUUGCAACUGGUUGGCUGCGGCACACGACGCUAAAGAUUUUGACGAUACAAUUUUGUACAAAAUUGAUUUUGAUGUACCCGAUUUCGAUAAACAUCCCGAACUCAAGGAACAUGUUCGUACAUUUUACACCCAUGAACAUGAAAAGUAUGAUUGUGUCAUACCCAAUGUGCAGGAAUCGAAAGAGGAGGAAAUAAAUAAUAAAGGCAAUAUUAAUCCGCUUGUUUUACUGAGUCCCAUGUUCAUUAAACCCAGUUGUUCGUAUCGUAUUGAGGCCUAUUGGUCGUACGAAAUUUGCCAUGGCUAUUAUGUACGCCAGUAUCACGAGGAAAGGGAAGGAAAAGCUGUUAAAUUUCAAGAAUACUACCUGGGCAAAAUGAAUGGUGAUGAUUUAAAGAAAUUGGAAGAGGAAAUGGACGAAAAGAACAAGGCUGGCAACUUCAAAUAUAAAACUACCAAAAUCGACAACAUUAAUUAUCCGUACUUUGAAAUGGUACUAACGGAUGGCACAGUUUGUGAUAUAAUAAAUGCUCCCCGCACCACCGUUAUACGCUAUGUCUGUUAUCCACAUGGUAAAAAUGAAAUUUAUUCAUUUAAAGAGACCUCGUCGUGUAAUUACGAAGCCAUUAUUCUUACCUCUGUUCUAUGUGGCUUCACGGCUUUCCAUCCUGAGGAGUACAAGGAGGUUCCUAUUAAAUGCUAUAAUUCACCAACAGAGCCUAAUAAGCCUUUGAGUAUGUUACGCCAAGAAUUGAGUGAUAUGCAAUUGUCAUUUGAUGAUUUACCUAUAGCAAAGGAAGGUAAUGACGCGGCUGCUACACUGAUUCAAAAAACUAAUGAGGAUCAACGGUUUGUUUUCAUGAAUCGUUUAGGUGAUGAUGUUGACAAAUUGGUAUUUAGUUUGAUCAAGGAAAGUGGUGGCGGCUUAACUUCACAACAAGAGCCCAUUGCAGGAGAAACUAGUGCUGUAAAGCAACCGCCAACUUCACCGAUUGUAUCCGAUAUUUCACCGCUUUUGGAAUUUAUUAAGGGAACAACAUGCUUAACGGGGGGAUCUGGUUGGUGGAAAUAUGAAUUUUGUUAUGGCAACUAUGUUCGACAGUUUCACAAGGACAAAAAGUCGGAAACAGAACUGUUUUUGGGACAUUUCGAUACGCAAGCUCAUCGCCAGUGGAUACAAAUGAAUCCGGACAAGAGGCCACAAGAACAAUCGUCUUCUAUUUGGCAUCAUUAUGAAAAAGGUUCGAAAUGUGAUCGUACCGGUUUGCCACGUGAAGUUGAUGUCAAACUGACCUGCAGUGGUUUGGGCUCAAUGAAUCCCACUGCUGUUUCCAUGUAUCUGUUGGAGCCAAAAACAUGCCAGUACAUUUUGGUAUUCGAGUCGCCAAUGGUUUGCAUGUUGAUGGGCUACACCGACGACUAUGGACUGAUUGAUGAAGACAAACUGCAAAAGGGUUUGCAAGAAAAAGAAACAACUGUUACGACCAGAGGCAGCAGCAUUAAUAAUAUUGAAUCGCCUUUGCCAGCGGCAACACCUGUAGAUGUUAGACUAUAGCUGAUUACUAUCGUUUAUUUUAUUGUGAUCAUUUUUUGGGAAUUUUUCUAAUUGCAUACAUACAUAUGUAUGUGUGUAUGUAUGUUAAAAUAAUAUAACUUAAAAGCGUAAUUUAAUGUAAUUAAGUAUUUAAUAAAAGCAUAAAAAGGGUCGGGUAACUUAUCAAAAUUUAAAACAUAAUUAAGGCUUAAUCAAAGAAAUUAAUCAUUGAUUAGUGUUUAAAAUUUUGUUAAAUCACCCGGCCCAUAUUAGACAACUACAA